UUAGAGGUGCAAAAAAAGAAGAAUGUGAAGAGGCAACAUGGCAAGUGUAACACUAAUAUUCAGAGAUUAAUGGAAAUGGUUAUAAAAUUGGAAUUUGAGUAGCCGCAGAUCACUUUCUUCAUCAGGACUUUGCAAUGUUUUUCUUCAAUUGUCAAUAGGUGCAGUGUGUGGAUUUGUUCUCUGUUUGGAGAUUUAGUACGUACUGGGGUUUAGAGAAGAAUAUAAUGCUCCAUUUAUGUGCAUGUUCCUGCCAAUUUCCCUCAGUCACAAAGGGACUUGAAGUGGAAAAUGCUAGAAUAAUUCCCCAAUCGAAGUUGCCUUUUCCAAAAACUGUAAGCUUAAUUGAGAGGCAGAAAACGAAUGAUAAUAUAUUGACAAGGCAUAAAGUAUCAGAAAGAUACAUAAUUGCAGCCUCGUCACGACAAUGUGAAAUCUCCUCUAACGAUGGUUUAUGGAUGCAACUGAAUGCAUUCUAUCAAUUUUCUCGACCACACACUAUAUUUGGAACAAUCAUAGGGAUCAGUUCAGUCUCUAUUCUUCCAAUAAAAUCGUUAGCAGAUAUUUCUCCCACAUUUUUUGUGGGACUAUUAAAGGCAUUAAUUCCGUCGCUGUUAAUGAACCUUUAUGUGGUAGGGUUAAAUCAACUCUUUGAUGUGGAAAUAGACAAGGUGAACAAACCAAGUCUGCCACUGGCUUCUGGAGAAAUUUCAAUGAAACGAGCCAUGAUAAUAGUUAUCACCUCCGUACUUAUGAGUUUUGGCAUGGGAAUAAAGUUUCAAUCUCCACCAUUAUUAGUUGCUCUCAUUGUUAGCUUUCUUCUUGGAAGUGCAUAUUCUAUAGAGUUACCUUUUCUUAGAUGGAAAAGAAAUGCAGCCUUGGCUGCAAUAUGCAUCAUGGUUGUGAGGGCUAUUGUUGUUCAGUUUGCAUUUUUUGCACAUAUACAGAAAUAUUUGCUGGCGAGGCCUAUUCUCUAUACAAGAUCUCUGGUUUUUGCUGUCACAUUUAUGUGCAUCUUCACUGCUGUCAUUGCCCUGUUUAAGGAUAUUCCUGAUGUCAACGGUGAUAGAAAUUUUGGCAUCCAAUCUUUCAGUGUCAGCCUUGGACAACAACGAGUGUUUUGGAUAUGUAUAAGCAUGCUUGUAGCUUCAUAUGGAGCUGCUAUGGUGAUUGGAGCUACUGCUACUUCCCUUUCCAACAAGCUUAUUACUAUUUUGGGACAUUUCUUACUUGCUUGCUUUUUAUUAUUUCAAGCUCAAUCAGUUGAUAUAUCAAGUCAAGUAUCAGUAACUUCUUUUUAUAUGUUUAUAUGGAAGCUUUUCUAUGCGGAAUACCUUCUGAUUCCCUUUGUUCGUUAAGGUGGAAGAUUAAACAUGCAUGGGAAUAUGACUUCCGAAGUUUUUUCAAUUGCCAGGGAAAUGUAGUUCAAUUAGAAUAUGAUUUGCAUUAUCAAAUUUGAAGUCUUAAUUUUCCUAAUUUCGAAUUAGUAAGACUGACGUGUGUCCAAAUGCACUUGUUCCUCGCUUCAUCCUAGUCUAAAAUCUAUUAGACUAGGAUUAUAUCUCCCUUUUUUUGUUGCUGUGAUUUGUCGAUAAGAAUAUACUUCUUUUAUCUUGAAAAGCUCUUAUCCUUGUUUUCUUCAUACUGAAAAUGAAGAGAGGAUAAUACCCCCCCCCCCACCC